AUGAAAAUGGCAGAAAGAAUGGAGAUGAAUAAAAUCUUGUAAGAUUAAAAAGAAGACACAGACAAUAAGUUCACUUCAAAUAAUACAGAGGAGAAUCAAAAUUAACUAAAUAUGUUAAAACAACAGAAAGACCCCAUUACUCAAUUUCUGAGACAAGUUCCUCCAGACAUCUCAAAAGCAGAAAUACAUGGACAAGCAAACUAAGUAGUAAAUCUUGAGAAGAUAAACUUUGAUCUUCAAAAUCCAGACUCAUUCUGUAUCUGCUGUGGUCUGCCCAUCCCAGCUGGUUCUGAAUACCCUUUAUGCUCAGAUUUAAAGGACCUAAAAUCUUUAGGUGCUGGUUAUCCCAUGUAUUAUGCUUUAAAGAAAAACUUUGCUUGGUUAUUGUUCAUACUCAGUAUUCUCUGCGGAAUACCCUGCUCAAUAAUAGCAGGUGUUUAGAUUUUAAAAAACCGAGGUUACACUUCUGAUUACUAUCCUUAUAUGUCCAAAGUUUCAAUUGGAAAUGUGUUUCUAAUUAAAGAACUAUUUGAUGAUGAUAAUCUCAUUCUCCUUGCAGAUAUAAUUUUAUACCUUAAUGCCGUUGGAAUCAUUUACUUGCUUAUUCAUUCUAUCUAUCUCAGAAGAAUGCUCAUUAAGCUUAACUAAGAGUUGGAUGAGGACUAAAUAUCUCCUUCUGAUUUCACAUUAAUAGCAAGGCAUUUGCCUUAGAAUAUUACAUAGGAUUAAUUAAAGGCCAAGUUUGAAAACUAAUACUCAAAAUACAAUAUAAAGGUGGCUUAUGUAAAUUAUGCCUACAAUAUUGAGAAGAUGUGCCAGUGCAACAAGUAAGACUUAAUGUCAAACAAAACUAUAGCUGUGCCUCCCUUGAGAAUAAAAACUGGACUAUGCAAAAGUGAAACCAUAACUUUAGAAUAAAUAAAUAAGCAGAUUUAAGAAGUUUCAGAUUAAAUGACUGAAUUUGAUGCUAAUUUGGCACCAGGUACCAAAGAAGAGUUAUAUAUUGGGACAGCUUUUAUAAUUUUGGAAAGCUAAAAAGAUUUGUAACUUAUGAUCAAUCUUUAAGAUGACUCAUUAUUUUCACUUAUAUUCUCAUGGAUCAAUCAUUUAUUCUGCUCAUGCUGCUAAAAUAAGGAAAAUGUUUCUAGAAAUAAUAGGUUUGAGAGAGCUCCAGAGCCGACUGAUGUCUACUGGGAUAAUUUAAGUGUUUCUUUUUUCAGAAGAGUGAGGUAUAUUUUCUUGACAUAUAUUGCAACGAUUCUAUUAAUAGGAGCAUGCUUUGGUAUUAUAUAUGGCAUAAACAAAGGUAAAGAUAAGCUUAACGAUUAAUAAGAUAGUAUUCCAUACUCAACGAUUAGAUUCUUAUCAAUCCUCUGCUCUUUUAUUGUUGUCUUUAUCAAUAUAUGUCUGAGGGGUGUAGUUAGAGCCUUCUCUUAAAUGGAAAGACAUGAAACUUAUACCGCGUAUAAUUUAUCAGUCGCUUUUAAACUUACCUUGGCAAGAUUUAUCAAUACUUCAAUCGUACCUAUUGUGGUUAAUAUUUCUGUAAACAGAUGGUUCGUUGACGGUGGUUUAAUUUCAGAUAUAUUCUAUAUUAUGAUCUCUAUUUCAUUCCUUGAUCCUUUACUCUAUCUUUUUGAUGUCUUUUAUUUGAUAAGAGUUAUCAAAAGAUUCUUUGCAAGAAGAGCUGGUGCCAACAGUGUUCUUACAUAAGAAGAUGCUAAUAAUUUAUGGGAGGGUCCUCCAUUGGAUAUGGCUAAUAGAUAUUCUAAUACUGCUAAUCUGUUUUUAACAGCAGUUUUCUUUCACCCAUUGCUGCCAGUAUCAAUUCCUAUUGCUCUAUGUGGAUGCUUCUUCUCAUAUUGGAUCGAUAAGACUCUCUUAUUAAGGAGACAUAAACUUCCUGAGCAAAUGUCUGGUCUAAUGGCUAAGUUUAUAGCUAACUUAUUACCAUAUUUCGCGUUCUUGUGGUCACUCAAUCUUUUACUAUUCUACAGAACUCUCUACAAAGAUUUCUAUAAGGGUGAAACUCAAGGUAAACUGAUAGUUCCUUAUGCUAUCAUUGCAACUUGUUCCCUCUUUAUAUUACUGCCAGUUAGGACUUUAAUCAAUAAAUGUCUAGAGAACCUUGGAGAACAGCCUACUUCUGAAAAAUAUAAUGAUUUUUAUUCAAAGUUCCCAACUGAUUAUGAUAGAGAAAACCCAGUUACAAAGAACGAAGCUUUCGUACGACUUUUGGAACAUAAAAUGCUAACUGAGAAAUCAGCAGAAGCCUAAGAUUAACUUCAAAGACACAAACAAAAUAUUGCUAAUGCAUCUCUAUUCGAUGCUAUAAGAAACUAUACAAAUAAAAAAGAAGCAUAAAUUAUAGCUAUGCAAAAAUAACACAUCACUCCAAUUCAGCAAGUAGGAGGAUUUAUGGGAGGAUUCAGUCAAAGUAUGCAUCAUAGAGUAAGUGGAGGACAUCAUCAUAGACCAACAGUUAUGAGGCACUCGCAUGAUUAUUCAAAGGCUGAUUAUAAGAGAGGAAUCACUGCAUUCUAAUACUAGUAACAGUAUAAUGCCUCUUAAUAUCAAUAAAAUGUAAAUUACGCAGCAAAUUACUACGAUCCAUACAGCUAACUUGGAUUUUACAAUUAUGGUUACAAUUAAAAUCCUUAAACAUACGCUAACUAAUAUCAAUAAGCAUAUUAAAACUAAGGUCAAUAAUAUGGGAAUGGGGGUAGCAUUGUAUCGUAUCCUAAUUCAUUUAUUGAUAAAUAUCCAAACGCAAAAAAAGGAAGAGUUAUCGAUGAUCCUAUUAGAAAUGCUGGUUCUAAUGUGAGUCACGGAAGCAAGAAGAAUACACAUAAAUCUAAACAUAGCAGUAGUAGCGAUAGCAGCGAUGAUGGUAAGCACAAAAAUCACGGUAAUAAUGUUCACACUGGUAAGAAAGUAAAGAAUAAGAAAGAUGGAAUAAAUUCAAGUCUUAAUGGUCCAGCUAAUGUUAAUUAAUCAGCAUAGCAGUUAUACCCUCAAGUUCAAACUCAAUUUGAAAAUACGAACUUUAAUUAAGGCUACAACCCUAGUGUCGUUUAAAAUCCUUCAUUAUAUCAACAGUAAUUGCCUGCUGGAUAUGUGGAUUAGUAAAAUCAGUAAAAUUACAACUAAUAGUACCCACAGUAUAAUCAAUCUAUCAACCAAUAGUAGCAAUAGCAGUAUCAGCAGCAAUAUCCAGGUACCUAUCCACAAGUUUAGCAAUAUCCACCAAACUAGGGUUACUAUUGA